GGAUGCAAAAUGGCGGCUCUCGGAGAAGCGGGAGUGUCAUACCGUUUUUUGACUUUGUUCUCGCAAAAGUGCAAAUAUGCUAUUCCUAGUGCGAGCGCGGCGUCGAGGAAAAGCUACUCGACCGCCGUGACAGAUGAAGAGAAAUAUGACGUCAUCGUCACCGGAGGCGGCAUGAUCGGCGCGACGUUAGCGUGUGCGAUAGGGAACAAUCGAAUACUGGAAGGUAAGAAGGUCUUGUUAUUGGAGGGUAGUGCUAAACAGAAAUAUACACCACAGGAGCAAUAUUCCAAUCGAGUUGUCGCUUUGAAUCAGCAAACUCGUACUUUAUUAUCCAGCUUAGGAGCAUGGAAACACAUAGAAGCAGUUCGCUAUUGUCCAGUACGAAAAAUGCAGAUUUGGGACGCCUGUUCCGAUGCUAUGAUAACAUUUAACGAGGACCACUUGUCUGAGGAACUGGCAUACAUAAUUGAAAACGAUCUGCUGUUACACGCGAUCAACAAGCAGCUUUCUCAGAAGGAAAAUGUGACUGUGGUUCACGAGUCUAAGAUCACCGAGGUAAAACUCCCGAAGACAUCGGCCGAAUUCGCUUCUGUACAGUUGCAAUCAGGAAAGCGAUACGCAGCUAGAUUAUUGGUGGGUGCCGAUGGUGCUAAUUCGAUAGUGCGAAAGACGAUGGGUGUCCUCUAUCCGAACUGGCAGUAUAAUCAAUUAGGCAUCGUUGCGACUCUCAAAUUGUCCGAGCCCACGGAGAACAUCGUCGCUUGGCAGAGGUUUCUCCCAACAGGUCCCAUCGCAUUGUUACCGUUGACAGAAUCUCUCAGUUCGCUUGUAUGGUCCGUGACGACCGAGAGAGCGAAGGAGUUGCUGAAAGUCCCGGAGGAAGAAUUCGUCGACAGUAUAAACGAGGCGUUGUGGCGAGUCUAUCCGAAGAACGGCGUCGUCGAGAGCGGAAUGCACGCGCUUCGUCAGCUGCUCGGAAACCUGUCCCUGCAGACCGGCGUGUCCAGGCAAUUGCAACCCUCUGUAACGACGAUCGUCGAAGGAUCCCGGGCGGCGUUUCCCUUAGGUUUCGGCCACGCCGCAUCUUACGUUCAGCCGGGCACAGUGUUGAUCGGGGACGCGGCACACAGAGUCCAUCCCUUGGCCGGUCAAGGUGUGAAUCUGGGUUUCGGCGACGUGACGGUGCUAACGCAGAUCCUCGCUGAGGCCACUGUGAACGGUAGUCACCUCAACGAUAUGCAAUAUUUGCGACGAUACGAGACGCUGAGGCAGCGUCACAAUGUGCCGACGAUGCUCGUAAUCGAUGCGCUUCAUCGACUUUAUCGAGGCACUGCGGCUCCCGUUGUUCUAGCUAGAAGUUUGGGCUUGCAAUUGACGAACGCUAUACCGCAAAUCAAGAAACUGUUGAUGGAACAGGCUGCAGGAGGGACGAUCAUUAAAUGAUUGUUAACUUGAUGAUAAUAAUGUACAUAUCAUUGUGAUAAACUACUUUAAAGUAAUGUAAGAUAUCCUUUGCAUAACUUAUUGUUUGUACUUAAUAUGUAUUAUAAAUUGUAAUUAUUAUGAAAACAG